AUGGGGAGUUUGGGAGCGAUUCUGAAGCAUCCAGAUGACUUCUACCCGUUGCUGAAGCUCAAAAUGGCCGCCAGAAACGCCGAGAAGCAGAUCCCGCCAGAGCCGCACUGGGCCUUCUGUUACACUAUGCUCCACAAGGUUUCUAGAAGCUUCGCUCUCGUCAUUCAGCAACUCGGUACCGACCUUCGCAACGCCGUUUGCAUAUUCUAUCUGGUUCUUCGAGCGCUCGACACCGUUGAGGAUGAUACUAGCAUAGCUACAGAUGUCAAGGUGCCAAUACUGAUAGCCUUUCACCGUCAUAUUUAUGAUCGUGAUUGGCACUUUUCAUGUGGCACAAAGGAGUACAAAGUUCUAAUGGACCAGAUUCAUCAUGUUUCAACUGCUUUUCUGGAACUUGGAAAGAACUAUCAGGAAGCAAUUGAGGACAUUACCAAAAGAAUGGGUGCUGGAAUGGCCAAAUUUAUUUGCAAGGAGGUUGAAACAAUUGAUGACUAUGAUGAAUAUUGUCACUACGUGGCUGGACUUGUUGGGCUUGGUUUAUCAAAGCUAUUCCAUGCCUCUGGUAAAGAAGAUCUGGCUUCAGAUUCCCUUUCCAAUUCAAUGGGCUUAUUUCUUCAGAAAACUAACAUCAUUCGAGAUUAUCUGGAAGACAUCAAUGAGAUCCCCAAGUCACGCAUGUUUUGGCCAAGACAGAUUUGGAGUAAAUAUGUUAACAAACUCGAGGAUUUGAAAUAUGAGGAGAACUCUGUUAAGGCAGUGCAAUGCUUAAAUGACAUGAUCACUAAUGCUCUGAUGCAUGCUGAAGAUUGCCUAACAUACAUGGCUGCUUUACGGGACCUGGCUAUAUUUCGAUUUUGUGCUAUACCCCAGAUAAUGGCAAUUGGAACACUUGCGUUAUGUUACAACAACAUUGAGGUCUUCAGAGGUGUAGUUAAAAUGAGGCGAGGUUUAACUGCCAAGGUAAUUGACCGAACAAAGACCAUGGCCGAUGUCUAUGGUGCUUUCUUUGAUUUUGCUAGUAUGUUGGAGGCCAAGGUUGACAAAAAUGAUCCCAAUGCAACAAAAACAUUGAGCAGGCUGGAAGCUAUACAGAAAACUUGCAGAGAAUCUGGUCUCUUAAGUGAAAGGAAAUCUUACAUUCUGAAGAAUGAAAAUGGAUAUGGCUCAACCAUGAUUGUCAUACUGGUCAUCAUGGUUUCCAUCAUUUUUGCUUAUCUGUCUGCUAACCACCAAAAUAACUAG